GUGAGAUGUGUCAAGCGCUGUUCAAUAAGGCGUACGGAUCCAAAACGCUUCAAUGGACUGUCUGCAUAAGCUCAAAUCUACCUGAUAUCAACAUUUUCACUCUUGGGAUAUCGCUUUCUAACGAUGGUCGCGUUCCCACUACGAAUGGGGGCGAUUUCCCACAAAAGCUCGAUGUGAACAUUGCAUUAUCUUUGUACAAGCUCUUAUUUGACCUCGGAUAUUCUUCUGACAUAAUACUCUAUUUCGAUUCUCUCUACACUGAGGUCCUGCGAUAUACUUACGGCCACCGAGCUCCUGAAGUCCACCCGUUCAUUCUUAAAGAACGGAACCCCCUCUACAUGCUCAUCCGGCUCAACGUCAUCUUACUUGGAAGUCCCAUUAUCGGGCAUAAAUUGAUUGGAUAUGUUCGAUACCUCCAAAAGCUACGAGCGAUUUGUGGAGUACUAGCCUUUGAAUGUCUGGGGAAAGCCCUCGAUCGGACUACACUGGCAGCGUCCAACCCGAACCGGAAAUUAGCUCUGAUCGUCCAAGCUGCGCUGCUUCUAGACCAAGUGGUAGAAAUGAACGGAAAACUUCCGGCAGCCCUAGUUUGCUUCGCUCAAGGCAAGAUUUAUGAGGAUAUGCACCGACACCUAAUCCAGUACAUCUCUCACUACCUCCAGAAACUAAUUUCUGGUGUGUUUGGGAAACGUUGUGGAAUCCUCACUGGCCUUCAGGAAACCAAAUGCGGAGAGUUCUUGGGCGAAGCUUUCUGGGAUAUGUUGUCGGACUUGAUACCAUCUGUGCCUCUCCGGAAGCCGCCAAAGCUCCGAAAGUAUGCGGAUAUGGGUUGGAACACAUACGAUAUUGGAGUAGGACAGUAUUACCACAAAAUGUUCUCCCUCCAGUGCUCCCUUUCCUGUAACUGAAUAGCUGGG